UGCAUUCAUAUGUGUUUUAGUCACUGGUGAAGGUAAAGCAUUAGAAUUUCCAAGAAAUAAAAAAACAAAAAGUAAAAGGGAAGUGAAAGUAAAAAGUGAAACAGGAAAGUGACGUAAUCACAACGUUGUAAAAUGGAAAACACCGAGCUUAAAGUAUAAAAAGGAAUCUCAGCACACUCAUUCAGUUAGUCGAUCAGAUUCACUCAUCAGAUUGACUCUUCAGCUCCUCAUCCAGAAGUGUGUUCAAAAGCAAGAGGAAAAUGAAGUCUGCUGCAGUUUUUGUUGUGUUAGCCUGCCUGCUUUUUGUUUAUGUACAAGGACAGGCCAGGACCAGUGUAAGGAGAUGUUUGUGUCCGGGUCGUGGUAUGAACAGCGUCCGAAUCCAACGUAUUGAACGGAUGGAAAUUUAUUCUCCAAGUGCAUCUUGUGAAAAUCUGGAAAUCAUAGUUGUUCUGAAGAAUGGUGCUGGUAAAAAAUGUUUGAAUCCAGAGUCUACUUUUGUCAAGAAUUACAUCAGGAUGGCCAGACAAAACAGGGUUCAAACGCAGCAGUAAAGCAGCACUGCUCAGAUAUUGAAGGAAAAAAGACAUGAAUAUAAUUUUUUUUUUCUUUUCCCAAAAGCCAAUGUGUUUUAUUUAUUUUGUAUAUUUAUUUUGUAUUUAUUUGGUAUGUUGUAUGCAUUUUGUAUGAUUGUUUUGAUGAAUGUGUAA